AUGAACAGUCGUGGUAGCGUAAAUGAAUCGAAUUUGGUGAAUCUCUCUGGGGAUCUGUUGAAUCCAUUGGAUACGAAAGAGUCGUUGGCGCUGAGUUUCCCGUUUGAUCACAUAUACGCUUGUCACUCGGAGGAAUCAGAUCGCCGACAGGCGCAUCUCGACAAGGAAGUAGAAAUUGCCCUCCCUGAUGACAAGGAACUAGUGCCUCCUGGGGAACAAUCGCUUGAGGUUAGAAGACUUUCAGAGAAAUUAACUGCUGCUGAAAUUCAAAAUCAAAGAUUGAAAAGUUUGCUAGUCUAUCAUCUGGAUUUAAUACAACAACAAAAUGAUCUUAUAACCAAGAAAGAGAAACAAAAUACAGCUCUUCAACUGGAAAAUGACUCUCUUAAAUCUAAGGUGACGCGUAUGGACAGAAGGAUAACAGUGAGUCAGAGGCAUAAUGUUAAUCCUGCACCUGUUUUAAAUCUGCCACCUCCCACAAGCGCACCACCACCUACAAGUGCGCCGCCACCUAUCAGUGCAGCACCACCAUCUCCGACCCUUGCUGCAACUAUCAAAACUGAACCAGGAACUUCUGAUAAUCAGUUGGUAUAUAAUAGUAUUACUGAUUUUUUGGUGCCAGAAACUAGAAAGAGUCCAUAUCUUUUCAGUAAUGAUAUUACUAAAACAAAACCUUUGAUGCCAGACGCCUUUGAUUUGAAUAGACCUGCAGAAACAGAUGUACCCAGCUACUUACCAGGGGAAAUAGGCGUGCCGUCGAUUUUGGAGAAUAGCGGGCUGCCGUGCGACAACUUCAACAUGAUUGAGAACAAACAGUCGUACAUCAAAAAGGAAAUCAAGACUGAACCUCGACCGGAGCCUUUGUACACUGUCACGUCAAACAGCGGCAACACCGUGAUUCAAAAGAUACAGAGGAAUCGGAGGAGGACAUCCGGAGGUUUAGGUAGUUUAAGUAGACUACCGAAAACGCCUGUUGUUAAAACCGAACCAGAAGAAAAUGUUUUCGAGGAUGACAAAGCUUUUGAGCGUUCCUUCAGUGUUAAUAAAAAAUCAAAAAUGAUCAAUACAUAUGGCAAAUCUAAAAACGCCACUAUUCCAAAGAAAACACCUCACUACACCGGUUCGCUGUCAGAUCGGUUACAAUUAAUAGAUACGACGCCUACUGGUGAAGACCCGUAUCAACUAGGAGAGGCUGAUAUGAGAGAGCAAUCACCGAUUCCGAAACUUAUGCUUCAAAAAACAAAUCAUGGUAGGCUGAAAAUAUGCUCUGAUCUUAUGGGCGAGAGCGCGAUUCCCUCGAGGCGCAUAUAUGAUGCGCCAGCAACUGAAACAAGCUCUAAAAUGCCAAAUAAAAUAAAACUUGAGAAAAGAUACAAUUUACCUAACAUUGUGCCCUAUUCAGCUGCACAAGCUACUACGCAUACGCUUACACACGCGUCGUUAACGACUACAGAUACGGGGUCGAUGAUGUCCACUUACACGCACGUUUCUAAGUCGACAGCCCAUAUACCUAAGCAAUCUCCGACUCCUAAGCAAACAACUAGGCAGACAUCAGCUCACAGUGCUAAGCACUCGGCGGUAUCUACGAAUACCUGUACUUACACGAACACCUACACGCCUACUACAAGAAAUUCGAGUACACGUAGCCACACGACCCCAAAUAAAGGCAGGACGUCACAAAGGAGUUCUCAAUCUGGCUCUCGGAAAUCCACGCAAGCGGCAACGAACAAACUGUUGAAUGUGAGCGCUGCGAACACGGUGAGCACGGUCAACACGGUGAACACUGUUAACACGAUGAUCACGGUUAACACGGUGAACACGAUUAACACGAUGAUCACGGUUACCACCGUGAACACGGUUAACACUGUUAACACGGUUAAUACGGUGAACACAGUGAGCACGGUGAACACGGUGAAUACGGUGAACGCGAUGAACACGGUGAAUACGGUGAACGCGAUGAACACGGUGAACACCGUUAACUCGCUGAACACACCAAAGCCAGUUAUUAAAACCUCAUUAUCAACAACACUUAAUAAUCUGCAUACAGCGACGCUUGCCGCCUUACACAUGGUACCUCUGGCGCUCACUCAUACUCCCUCGCAGGGCCACCAAUUGCACGCGGCGAUAAUAUCUACACCGCUCAAACCAACUACCCUUAAAGAAAUUAAAAAAGAAUCUCAGGAGAAUACAAUGUCGACGCCGAAGACGGCGAUUCUACAUCAGCCGCUGAUAAUACAACAACCGACGUUAGUUAAGCAAGCAGGAAUAGUGCCGCAACCGGGGAUGAUGCAGCAAUCACCGAUGGUACAGCAACCCACGAUACUACAGCAACCUGCCAUAUUACAGCAAACUGCAAAUCUACAGCACUUAUCACUAGCACAACAAACAGCGUUAGCACAACAAGCUGCUUUAGCGCAACAAGCGGCUUUAGCGCAGCAACCCAGCUGCUCCAACAUGCAACAGCAGGAUGCGGACGUGAAAAAGGAAUCAGGCUUACGAGUGGACUGGUCUUUAUAUAACAAUCUUAACUUGAGCACUGACGCUACAACUUUAACCGACUUUUAUACAGAGGACCCAGGCUCACCUUUGCCACAGUUCGAUGUUUCUGAAUUUCGGCAACUAAUAGAAAACGAAGCAGCAGCGGCAGCCGCUGUAGCUGCUUUAGAUAAAAUGGAUACACUGGAUUAUGGUACGAUCGAAAAAAAUGAAAGUGAUGUCAAAAAAAGGGGAGCACGAACUGCAAGCCUCAUCGCACCCGGUGUCCUCGAAGAGGAAACUACGGAUAACCGUCGUGGUAUGGGCAGUAAACGUGGAAGAAAACGUGCCCUAUCUAGCGCGGGACUAAUGAAAAAUGCUAAGCAAAAUUUAUCGAAAGCAGUCGGGCCCAAGCCAAAAACGAUUAAGGGAAAAGCUGCGUGCCGCGGCAAGAAAUCUCCUCUGCCAGGAAUGACUACGGGAAAACCGUAUCACACUCUGGUGGGAGACCCGGACGUAUCGUGGUACCUUGGUCUGGACCCCGACGUUAAACAGGAAGACAUCGAUCAGGGGGACUGCACAGCCUCCACUGUAGAGGUACCAAGAUGGCGGGAAAAACCAUACUCUAGUUUAUAUAGUCUGGAAGGGACAGAAAACUUAGACGAUAAAAUUUUCGAAAAGCGUCACCAAAAAUUAGAAGCUGAAGAACGACGGCAACUAAGGUGGCACAUGAGACGAAUCCGUGAGCAGCGACAUGUAGAGCGUCUUCGAAUGCGGCAGCGGGAUCCUUGGUAUAGCGGGCACUCUCAUUACCAACCCUCAGUAUACACGAUCUGGCCGCAGCCUCAAAGGGAUGUGCGAAUGAUCGAAAUCACCGAUACCAUACCAGUUAUGGCUUUCGGGGAGGACCUGCCCGAUAUACCACCGGCUGACUUUAUGUUGCCGUGGGUGAGAACAUCAAAAGCUUUGAAGAGAUCUAAACGUUCGAAGACGCUACAUUGA